AUGUACUCUCACACCUACCCAUAUAAUGGAGACGGAUUCCAUCCCGCCGUUGAGGACAUGUCUGACCAUGACGUUAGUACGCUCGACCCGGACAUGAACCAGCACAUAAUAUACGAUCCAAGCUACAGUGGUACUACUGAAGACAUGUACCAGCGUGGUCCUGUCUUGUACAUGCCUGCUCAGCCCGACGCUAGAGAAAAUAACUUUGCCCAGGACACUGGCGUCAUGGUCGAUCAGCUCACAUCUCAGUUUGCCUCUGACGCUGACUCGCACAUAUACACCCAUAUCUUUCAUAAGUCGACUGUGAUUGGCGACAGCGACCUUUCUGCACAGACCUCUUCGUCUUCGUCUCUCUCCAGAUCCAUCACAUUCAUCGCACAAGAUAGAUAUCAGCAACAGAAGGGGAAAGACCGUUAUCGUCUUCCACACACCGCAUCGUCUAUUUCCUUUCGUGGCCAUGGUGAAGGCGAGGAUGGAGUUCACGCUGCAGUAUGCAUUAAUCACCCCGGACUCGAGAACGCAGAGGAAUGUGUUCUCGUGGGCCACGAGAGUGAAACUAUCACGGUACACGUAUUACCAUCGUCCGACUGGAGUGGCACCAUCAACAUCAAGGCAGGAAAGUCCGAAGGUGGUGGAUAUAACCCAAUAACACGUCGACAACUUUUCGAGCGACUUUCUCGCCGUUUUAAGGGAUGUGUGGAGGGCCGCCGGAGCUCCUCCAGGUCCACCACCGGCACUGUCCUGAACCCCUUCCCACCGAAGAUGACUUUAGGAGAUAUAGUGAUCCGUAGGCUAUACCAAGUGUCGCAAGGAUCAUGGCAAGUCGAGCUUGGCUACAAGGAGUCAGACUCGCUGUGA